GCCCGCCACUCUCAAGAUGGUGGCCGUCGCAUGCCGGGAGAGGGCGGGGAAUGAGGCGGAAGUGAAAGCGGGCAGUGUUGACAGGGAGCUAUAGCUAUUGAAGCGGCCUUUGCCUGCGGAGUUGCUGAGGGGGGAAGAAGCGCCUUGGUGUCAGGAUGAUUCCGACGGAGGAGGCGUCCGCCCGGAGGAGGGAAAUAGAAGAGAAGCUGAAGCAGGAAGAAGAAACAUUGUCUUUCAUUAGAGAUAGUUUAGAAAAAAGUGACCAGCUCACAAAAAAUAUGGUUUCCAUUCUCUCAUCUUUUGAAAGCCGUCUGAUGAAGCUGGAGAAUUCAAUAAUUCCUGUACACAAGCAGACUGAGAAUCUUCAGCGCCUGCAGGAGAAUGUUGAGAAGACAUUGUUCUGUUUGGAUCACGUUAUAAGUUACUACCAUGUAGCAAAAGACACAGAGAAAAUUAUAAGGGAAGGCCCUACAGGAAGAUUGGAGGAGUAUUUGGCCUGCAUGGCUAAAAUUCAGAAGGCUGUGGAGUAUUUCCAAGACAACAAUCCUGACAGCCCAGAGCUUAAUAGAGUGAAAUUGUUGUUCGAGAAGGGGAAGGAGUCUCUGGAGUCUGAAUUUCGUAGCCUUAUGGCACGGCACUCUAAACCAGUUCCACCAAUCCUUAUCCUGGAUCUCAUCACUUUGGAUGAUGAAAUGGAAUCGCAGGAAGAUGUGACAUUAGAACACCUCCCUGAGAGUGUUCUGCAGGACAUUGUCCGUAUUUCUGGUUGGCUGGUGGAGUAUGGGAGGAACCAAGGAUUUAACUGGCUGUGUGAGGAGGAGCAUCUGUCUGCAGGAGCCCAGAGAGGAAGCCUAAAGAGGGAGCACAGAACGGGGUCUUACACCAGCAUAGCCUCUAGGGAGAGCACUGUAGGGCGAGAAUUAGAACACAAUCGUAACUUCAUGAAUGUUUACUAUCAGAUCCGUUCCAGCCAGUUGGAUCGUUCUAUCAAAGGACUGAAGGAGCAUUUCCGAAAAAACAGCUCUUCCUCGGGGGUCCCAUAUUCCCCUGCCAUUCAGAACAAGAGGAAGGACACACCAACUAAAAAGCCCAUCAAAAGACCAGUCCUCAUCCCAGGCACGAUCCGUAAGGCUCAGAAUCUUCUGAAACAGUAUUCUCAGCAAUGUCUAGAUGGGAAAAAGGGGGCCUCUAACCUCAUUCCUAUGGAAGGUCAUGAGCAUGAUUUACGAGUUAAACACCUUUCCGACACCCUGAGUGACAAGCAUGGGCCAGCUGCUGGGAGAGAUGACAUGUUGGACAUGGAGAUUGAUGCUUACAUUCACUGUGUUAGCGCCUUCAUCAAACUGGCCCAAAGCGAGUAUCAACUACUGACAGAAAUCAUCCCAGAACACCACCAGAAGAAGACAUUUGACUCCCUUAUACAGGAGUCUUUAGACAACCUAAUGAUAGAGGGGGACAACAUUGUCUCUGCAGCCCGAAAGGCCAUCAUACGUCAUGAUUACUCAGCUGUGCUGACUAUCUUCCCCAUCCUAAGGCACUUGAAGCAGACGAAACCAGAAUUUGAUCAAGUUUUGCAGGGCACUGCAGCCAGCACUAAGAACAAACUGCCCAGCCUCAUAACCUCAAUGGAAACCACAGGAGCCAAGGCUCUGGAAGAUUUCGCAGACAACAUCAAGAACAAUCCAGACAAGGAGUACAACAUGCCAAAAGAUGGGACAGUUCAUGAACUCACCAGCAAUGCCAUUCUCUUCCUGCAGCAGUUGCUGGAUUUUCAGGAAACUGCAGGUGCCAUGCUAGCAUCCCAAGUUCUUGGGGACACAUACAAUAUUCCUUUAGAUCCCAGAGAGACCAGCUCUUCAGCCAGUAGCUACAGUUCUGAAUUCAGUAGACGGUUGCUCAGCACCUACAUCUGCAAAGUUCUGGGCAACUUGCAACUAAACCUUCUCAGUAAAUCCAAGGUUUAUGAGGAAUCUUUAAGUGCCAUCUUCCUGCUUAACAACUACAAUUACAUCCUGAAGUCCCUUGAAAAGUCUGAGCUAAUCCAGUUGGUGGCUGUUACGCAGAAGAAUGCAGAAAAAUCUUAUAGAGAACACAUUGAGCAGCAAAUCACUGCAUACCAGCGCAGCUGGUUGAAAGUAACUGACUCUUUCUUGGACAGAAACUUGCCUGUCGUCCAACCUGGAGUCAAGCUCAAAGACAAAGAGAGGCAGGCCAUCAAGGAUCGCUUUAAGGGUUUUAAUGAUUGUCUGGAGGAGCUGUGUAAAAUCCAGAAGGCUUGGGCCAUCCCUGACACAGAACAGAGGGACAAAAUCCGGAAAACCCAGAAAAAUAUUGUGCUAGAGACCUAUUCUGCCUUACUAAGCAGGUAUGGCAAUGUACCCUUUACCAAGAACCCCGAGAAAUACAUUAAAUACAGGGUGGAGCAGGUGGGAGAGAUGAUUGAGAAACUGUUCGACACAUCAGCAUGACCUCCCUGCCUGUAUGUCUCAGUACUUUCUCAGCCCAGUAUGAUGGCCAUGAGUUAUGCUUGUAUUUAUCAAAUUUAUAAAUUCCUAAAAACAUG